AAAAAAGAGUUUAUAUUUGAAACAUAAAUACAAGUGUUUCCAACGUGAUACUAAUCGUAACAUAAUUUUUAUAAGAUUUUUCUACGAUUUUGCUAAAACUCGUUAAAACCCUAUAUAAUAUAAAGAGAGAAAAAUAUAACUCGGAACAACGUAAAUUAAAAAUAAUAAUAAAUAACAACCCAAAAAACCGUAACUGAAAAGAUUAAACGGUAUAAUCUCGAUUAAAGCACAUAAAAACGUAGACAGGUGAAAAUCAACUUCAUUCAAAAAUGAUUUCGUUGAAAAAAUCGUAUGCACGUCAUUUGCUGCAAUUGGCGUUGACACUAAGUUUGUUGCGUGUUGAUCCGGAGAAUUACAUUGGCUACGGCUGGGAAUCACAAUUGGCACUGCAAAACGGUGAUGGCUGGCAAUUGGAAUUGCGAGCCGCACCACUCACUGAUUUUCCAUACUCAAAUCGAAAGGCGUUGAUACCAUUAAUUGAAGAUUUGGUGCGAUUUGAUCGACAAACCAACCAUUAUUCAUCGUACGAUGUGCAAACGUAUUUGCUAAAUGUACAAAAUGAACAGAUCUCGUUGUCAAGUGUUCCGAUUGCGCCAACUUCAACCAUCGACUCCAACACCUCACUUCCGAUGUCAAAUCAUCAACCGGCACAGAUUUCGAAUGAACUUCAACAAACCGGGAACGCGACUGAUUUUAAUGUUCCUGUGUCCGAUUUUGCUGAUUUAUUCACGAUAAAUGCGAACCACUUUUCCGAUGGUGUAUCGGUGUUUGAACAAAAUUUGGCUGAUCUCAAUGAUUAUGGCGAUGGCAAUACGAAUGAUCGAAACGGUGCCCGAAGCAAUGAAACAUGGAAUAUCGGUCAAUUGUAUGCGGGUCUACCAUUGAAAGAUGAACCACAAGAUUUAUUCGAUGAGAAUCUAUUCGAUCCAUUGCGACCGUUUAAUGACAUUGAUGCCGAAAUUGGUGCAUUAUCGUCGGCCAGUACGAGCAAUGAUAACGCCAUAAAUCGGCCAAAUAAUCAGUUGUAUGGAAUGUUACGUCACAACGAAUCACCAACAUUUAAUCUAAGCCAAGUCAUUGAAUGGUCGGCAUAUUUUUCAAAUGCAACGAAAACCGAACCAAACACUGACAACGAAACGAUCAUCGAAACCACGGCCACAGCAUCGCACCAAAUAGAAAAUACAACCGAUGACUUUAAAAAUGUUCGCGUUAAAUUGGAAUCAGAGGGUGACGAUGACGAUCGAAACUCAUCGGAUGAUUGUAAAAAUUCGACCAGCGGUUUUAGCAGCAACGUUGAAUUAACCGAAGAGGAGAGUGAAAUUGUUGAAGUCUUAUGGAAACAGGAUGUGGACUUGGGUUACACCUUAGCUCCAGUUAAGGCACAAUCACCUAAAGAAUCCGUCAACGUAUCGGGACCAUCAUUUAACACGGAAGAUAAUGAGAAAUUGAAAGCUCUUCAAGAGCUCAAAAAUGAUAAGCAUAAACCAGAAGAGCCAAAGUUGGACGAUGAAUGGGCAGGCAUCAAUUUCACCGUCGACAACGAAACUGGUGAAUACAUCCAGUUACCAUUACAAUUGGAAGAAAUUUUACAGGAUGUUUUACAAUUGGCCGAUCUUGCGAAUGAAAACAAUCAAGUUGAUGAAAUUUUAGCCGAAGAACUGAAGAAAAGUGAAUAUUCGGACGUGAACGGUGAAUCGAGUAGUGUAGCAACCGCAAGUACAUCGACAUCAAAUCAAUUUGAUACAAAUUUUGCAUUUCCAACCGAAAAAUUAACAACUGAACAAAAAGACAAUAAACCAUCAACGAGUGAUAUUCACGGCAGUGAAUUGCAACUUUUGCUCGAUCCGCCGCUAACCGAGGAGGAAAUAUCCGCCGAUUUAAGCGCAAUAAUUAAUGAAGCAAACGAUUUAGACGAAUUGGAUAUGAUGAUUCAAUCAGCCGGUCCAUUUCAACAUCCACGUACAGUGGCACAAAACUACGGUCAUGCCAAUACAAAUAUGUACCAUCGACAGUCAUCCUAUCAUUCGCAUCACCAUCAGUCGCGUUUGCGAGCAAUGGAGCAACGUGGUUUGGACAUUUUACCUUUUUUGCCUGGAAUGGGCGUCGGUAUGAACGUUACUGACAUGGGAUCGUAUUCACAUUAUCCAUCACACUAUCCUUAUCAGGGUGCCAGUUCAUUGCCACAACAUGAUCAAUAUGGUGGUCAUCAACACAUGGCCGUGCACAAUGUAUCAACUGGUGAUAUGGGAGCAAAUCAACCAAUUUCAUCAAUUGGCCCAUUGUCAACACAACGUCAACAUUAUGCAACACCAAAUUUGGGAUCAGCCGUUUCAUCGAGUAUGCAUCUCACCAAUUCCAGCCAUGAUAGUGACGUACUUGGUGCUACAAGCAACUAUAAAACUGAACACGACAUGAUGUACUAUUCGAAUACAUCAUCUGAAUUGAAUCACACCACAGACGGUUUUAUCAAUUCCAUGUUGGGCUAUGAUGAUGAAUUGCUUUUGAACGCCAGUUUGGAUAUGGGACCCGUCACCGACGGUUUUUACACAAUGCGUAUGCUGGAACCAAAUGCCACCAGCAACAAUUCAUCUGUGCUCAGUGCACAGGCCAAUGCAGCAGCAGCAGCAGCCGCGGUGGCUGCGGCCGGUAGCUUAAAUAAUAAUGGUGCCGGUUUGUUGCCAAAUGCUACAGGUGCAGCCCCACAAAUGCAAACCACAUUAAAUGGAAACACUGCAACCAGUGACCGUUUGGAUGCAUCAAGUGACAGUGCGGUCAGUUCAAUGGGCUCCGAACGUGUACCAUCUUUAUCAGAUGGUGAAUGGGGCGAUACUGGCAGCGAUUCUGCUCAAGAAUAUCACCAUAGUAAAUAUGGUGCAUACGAUUACAGAAGCUACAAUGGUCGUUUAAAUGAUGCCGUGCGUCAUCCAGUCGCUCAAAAGAAACAUCAAAUGUUUGGCAAACGCUAUUUACAAGACCAAAGCGCAUCCAAUCUUAAUAUUUCACAAUCGGCAUCGAAUGGCGGUGUUGUGCAGCCACAACAGGCUGAUAUGCCAAUCAAAUAUGAAUAUGAACCGUAUCCAAUGCAUCAUCCACUUGCAACAAAUCUUGAUGGUGCCGCUGGCGGUAUGCCAAUCAUGAAUAAACACCAGUCACAACAGCAAUGUUCAAUCGACUUUGGUCGACACAAUCCACGUGGCAUUCAUGAUAUUGUUGGACACAAUCAUACAUACACUUUGCCUCAAGCAAGCGGUGCAACACCACGGUCGCAACCGCGUGAUAAGAAAAAUUCCAAAAAAACUGAGGAUGAACAUCUCACGCGUGACGAGAAACGGGCUCGUCAAUUGAAUGUUCCGAUUGCAGUCAUUGAUAUCAUUAAUUUGCCAAUGGAUGAAUUCAAUGAGCGAUUAUCAAAGUACGAUCUCAGCGAAAAUCAACUAACACUGAUUCGAGACAUAAGACGCCGUGGAAAAAAUAAGGUGGCCGCACAAAAUUGCCGAAAACGAAAACUAGAUCAAAUUUUAAUGUUGGCCGAUGAAGUUGAUGAGGUGCGCAAACGCAAAGAACGUUUGGUUAAAGAACAAGCAGCCGCAUUGGCCGAACAAAAUCGUAUCAAAAAGAAGUUUAGCGAUUUAUACACGCACAUUUUCCAACAUCUACGCGAUCCACAAGGUAAUCUUUACUCGCAAAGUGAAUAUAAUUUACAACAGUCGGCUGAUGGUCGUGUGCUUCUGUUACCCCGUGACAAUCACAAUUCGAAUCAAGUGAACUUGCAAAUGCAACAUAAUGUUCAACAACAGCAAUCAAAUCAACAACAACAACAACAGCAACAACAACAACCGACCAAUUCAACUCACCAUAUCAGUCAUCACCACAAUCCACGCCAUUGAGAUCCCGUUACAUACUGUCAUCCAUACACGGAACAAUUUUUCUUGCUCUUCAAUCAAUAUCUAUGGGAUUCAGGAAACUUCUCUCAUAUGCCCGUACAACAACACAUCCACAACAUUUUAUGAAGGAAAAAACACCACAUCACUGAUGUUGAUAGCAGGCACGAAGCUUCGUCAAAAAAAAUAUAUAUUUUAUUUUGUUAACUUGAGUAAAAACGAGUAAAAAGAAGAGAGAGAAAAAAAAACAAACAAACAAAGAGAAGCAAAAUGUAUAAAAAAUCGAAAAGAGACAAAAAAAAUUGUAAUGUAAAAAAAGAAGAUAUACAUGGUGUGAGUAUAAAUGUUGAUUUGUGUGAGUUAGAAUGCAUCAACCGAAAACCAAAUCAAGCGAAUGUAGCCGUAGCAGCCCCUUGGCUAGGAUAUUAUUUUAUCAAUGUAUUUACUUAUUAACUCUAAGCUCUGGCGUGGCUUUUUUCUUCUUCUUCUUCUUCUUCUUCAUAGACGGUGUUGAUUCAAUUUAUUCAAUAGAUAUACAAUCUAUAUGUGUGUCUAUUGGAUUAAUAAAUUAUUUGAUUAUGUCAGUGAAUUUAAAAAAAAAACACAUACACACAACGACACAUAGAGAGACAAACUGAAAAUCCAAACACAUCGUACUCAGCAUUCGUAAUGUUGUGCAAAAUUUAAAAAACAAAUGCCGGGUCAAAUCAAAUGAAACGUAGAUUUAUUAUAGAAUUGAGUAAACAAGAAACAAUAGUCAUUUUUUAAGGUUGGCAACUUAUUACAUUGUUCGUUUCUUUUUUUAGUAUCACACCGCGCUAAAGCUGGUUCUUUUCUUUUUUUUUUGAUUUUCACUUAAUCAGAGCAUUUAACAAUGUUACCAUUUUUAACAAUUAAUUUACUGUUUGAGUGAGCCAUUCUAAUUUUCCUAAUAUGAACAUGCAGAGCUCGUUCGUCAUUUGGAAGUGACAAUGGGCAGCUAUUUCAUUGCAAUCGAAUCGUGUUUUCGACUUUUUUUUCAAAGAGUUAAACCGACCGAAACUAAAAUAGAAGAGUAUUUUCAAUGAGCAAGAGUAUCGAAAAAUCGCGCCGAUAUUCUUUUUCACCGCAUCUAAUUCAAAAUAAAACUGAAAAUGCCACCCAUAAGUAACAAUUAUAUACGGCAACAAAAAAAAAGAGAAAGAGAAAAAAAAACAAUUUCAUUUCUAAAGCUAAAAGCUAAACAAAAUUGCUUUUUAAAGAGAAAAAAAAUAAUUAUUUGAGAAAAAAAAAACAAAAAAAAAACACAAAAACACCUGUAUCCAUAAAUGUUAAAUUUAAGUUUACUUUAUGGUAUCCAUUAUAGCCAGAUAUAGAUAGUUUGUAAGUCCUUAUUUUGUAUGGGGGAGUCAGAAAUUACUCUCGUGCAUUCUGUAGUCAAUGGGCCUUGUCAAACGUUUUUCAACCCAUUGCCAAUGUUUGAACAAAUUUUCCAUUGAGUCGAUGAGAGCAAAAAAAAAUUAACACAUACAAAUACAGAUAGAGACAGGCAGACACUUGGAAUCGAAAAACAUGAAUUAUACUAUGUAAAUACAAUAUAUAUACCAAUUACAAAUAUAAUCGAUGUUUUAUUUUGAUGCAAAACGAGAAAUA